AUGAAGUGGGGUUUGGACUUUAUUGGAGUCAUCAACCCUCCAUCCAGUGCUGGCCAUAAGUGGGUACUUACAGCCACAGACUAUUUCAUGAAAUGGACUGAAGUCAUGGCACUUAAAGAAGCUACUAAGUUUGUUGUUUUGAACUUUUAUGAGGAUCUUAUUGCCAUAUUUGGAGUCCUCGAUUCUAUCAUUUCAGACAAUGGCCUUGCUUUUGCUAGUUUUAAAAUAUCUGAUUGGGUUGUCAAGAAGGGGAUUUAUUUGAAUACAUCUUCCAAUUACUAUCCGCAAGGCAAUGGCCAAGCGGAGUCUACAAAUAAGAAUCUUAUCAGAAUCAUCAAAAAGACCACAGAAGGUAACCAAAGGAUCUGGCUUACUCAAUUGAAAUCAGCUUUAUGGGCUAAUAGGAUCACUCCAAAAAUAUCAACAGGACAAUCAUCUUUCAUGCUAGUAUAUGGUAAAAAAGCAAGGCUUCCUAUCUCAUUUGAGUUUCCAGCACUUGAUUUAGCCAAUCAGCUGGACACACUAGAAGAAGGCCCUUCGACAAUAAGAUUAGCUCAGUUAUUUGAGCUAGAGGAAACCAGGAAUGAGGCCAUGAAGAAGAUAGAACAACAUCAAGCUCAAAUGAAGAGGUCUUUUGACAAAAAGGCAUCUCCAAGAAAUUUCCAAGGAGCACAACGCUUUUCAGCUCUCCAAGCUGGAUGGCAACAUGGAGCCAAUCCCAGUCAAUGGGAUUCACCUCAAGCAUUGCUUUUGAGGUAUGAUCAACAGCCUGUGUAUACUAGAAGGUCUGUAACUGUUGUAAGUUACCACAGUUCUGUGAAGUAG